AUGGCUGAGUUUGGGGAUCUUUUGAGGGCUCUGGGGGAGUUUGGGCUCUACCAGAAACUGCUGAUCCUGCUCCUCUCCCUCCCACUGCUUCUCAAUCCUUUCCAAAUGGUUGGCCAAGUCUUCAUGGUUGUGGAAGUGCCUCACCACUGUGACACCAGCUGGAUCCGCGCCGUCGGCCCCAACCUGACGGAGUCUGGGCAUGGGAACAAGAUGAUCCAUGAUCAUACUGAGGGUUUUUUUGACCUGGUGUGUGACAGGGCGUUCCUGAACGACGUCUCCCAGUCCAUCUACAUGGCUGGGCUUCUCAUUGGAGCCAUGGUCUUUGGGAUGCUAAGUGACAGGAUAGGCAGGCGGCCAGUCUUCCUCAUCUGCAUCCUCAUCCAGGGGGUGUUUGGCCUGGGAAUUGCCUUCGUGCCCCAUUUCUAUGUGUUCAUGGCCUUCAGGUGUGUCGUGGGAGCUGCAGUGUCAGGAAUUAUGAUUGUAGGCGUAUCCCUGGACCAGCCCGUGGUAAUCACUGUCCUGGCCAUCAUUGGCAAGUUCACAGCCACGGCCGCUUUCUCCACCUCCUACGUCUACGCCGCUGAGCUCUUCCCCACCAUCCUCAGGUUUGCAGACAGCAUUGUCUACUAUGGGCUGAGCCUCAGCGUGACAGAUUUUGGUCUGGACAUCUACCUGACACAGCUGGCCUUUGGGGCAGUGGAGCUUCCAGCUCGAAUUUCCUGCAUUUUCCUGCUGGAGUGGUUUGGAAGGAAGAAAGUGCAGGGCAUUCUCCUGUUCCUGGCUGGCCUGAUAUGUCUCAUCCUCACUGGCAUCCCUGAAGGUGAACCUUCCCAGCCUCCAAAGCCAUAG